GAUACAAACUGUCGACAACAUAUGUGGUUUCUAGAUACCUGUGGUAAUGUUUGUAGUUCAUUUAUCCAAAACUGUGAUUCUGUAGCUAGCAAACAUCUAUUAUUAAGCAGAGAUGGAAGCGACUGAAAAAAAUUAUGCAUGUAACAGUAGCGAGUUUAAAAGAAGCGAGUUAUCGGACACAGAACUCGAGAUUGUGGGGCAACCCUACUCCAUAUCGGUGCUCAAAGUUGGCUAUUGUCUUUCCGAACAGGACGGUUCUUUCCGAGCAGACGGGACUAUCUCUCUCCUAACGGGACCUAGAACUAUUCUAGUAGACACCGGAGGACCGUGGGACCGGGACUUUCUAGUGAAACGGCUGAAGGAUAAGCGACUAGACCCGGGUGAUGUCAGUUUGGUGGUGGGGACACAUGGCCACUCCGACCAUGUUGGUAAUCUGGGGCUGUUUCCAGGGGCAACGAUAGUUGUGGGGUGUGACAUCAGUGAGGGGGAUAGGUACCUUCCUAACCAGCUAGCUGAGGGGCAACCAUAUCCUAUUGAUGAACAUGUGAGUCUGAAACUCUUCUUUUGAUCAACCCAACUCAGUGUAAUCAUAUUCAAUAGUGUGUGUGUAUGUGUAACAGCCAUUUUCAAUGGUUUGCCAUGCAUAUUCACCAGCACUUACUUUAAUCAGUAACCUCAUCAUUUGUAUAUUACUGUACUGGACUAUUUGCACUGCCCCCCCACCCCCACCCCAUAUUUUUACGCUGCUGCUACUCUGUUAAUUAUUUAUGCAUAGUCACUUUAACUCUACCCACAUGUACAUAUUACUUCAACUACCUCAACUAGCCGGUGCCCCCGCACAUUGACUCUGCACCUGUACCCCCCAGUAUAUAUAGCCUCCCUACUGCAUUUACAUUUACAUUUUCAUCAUUUAGCAGACACUCUUAUCCAGAGCGACUUACAAAUUGGUACAUUCACCUUAUGAUAGCCAGUGGGACAACCACUUGGUGGGGUGGGGUAGGGGUAGGGGGAGGGUAGAAGGAUUACUUUUAUCCUAUCCCAGGUAUUCCUUAAAGAGGUGUGGUUUCAAAUGUCUCCGGAAGGUGGUGAGUGACUCUGCUGUCCUGGCGUCGUGUGGGAGCUUGUUCCACCAUUGGGGUGCCAGAGCAGCGAAUAGCUUUGAUACUGUUACUGUUAUUUUAUUUUACUUCUGCUCUUUUUUAUUUUACUUUUUUAUUAAAAAAUAAAUGCACUGUUGGUUAAGGGCUGUAAGUAAGCAUUUCACUGUAAUGUCUGCACCUGUUGUAUUCGGCGCAUGUGGCCAAUAAAAUUUGAUUUGAUAAGUACUUCCUGCAACUGUACUCUAAACCUCAUUGCAAUACCUUCAUCUCUCCACCAGGUGUCAAUAGUACCCACUCCGGGCCACACAGGGCGCGAUGUGAGCCUUCUUGUGAAGGGAACCACAAUGGGCACGGUGCUUGUUGCCGGAGACCUAUUUGAGAGUUGCACUGAUGACGACAGUUGGAGGGAGCUGAGUGAGAACCCUGCAGUUCAGGAGGUCAACCGUCAGAAGGCGCUACGCACCUCUGAUGUCAUCAUCCCGGGACACGGGUUGCCGUUCAGGGUCCACAGGGAGGAGGCGCACGGACGCUCCGGGUAGAAACUGCCCUGUUAGGCCCUUAGGCACUGAUCAGGUUUAGGAAGAAGUGCAAAACCUUAGAUCAGUGGUUAGGAGUAACCACUGAUGUGUACGGUGCAUUCGGAAAGUAUU